GUUGCGACCACAUCAUCACGAGGGGACACGUUAUAGAUUUUGGAGAGAAGCAGCUUACAUUGUACAGUUAUAAGCAAAUUCUAUCGGCGGGUUAUUGACAACCAACCUCCCCGCAAAGAUCAUGACACCCAUACUGCAGACUAGAACGCCACUGCACUUUCUUAACCCCAAUAAAGAUGCAUUAGUUGCUGAUUUUGUGGGCAAACCACUCAAUGCUCUGAGAACACCUGCCUUCAUCGUGGACCGCGCAGUGUUCGCAGAGAACUGCAGGAAGAUGCACGAGAAUGCCAGAAGCUGGGGAGCAACUUUUAGGGCACACUUGAAGACACACAAGACAGUCGAAGGAACGAAAUUGCAGCUAGUUUCGGACACCGGCAGAGCUUCCGCGGUCGCUGUAUCGACACUCAUGGAAGCUUGGGGAGUCGUGCAAGGUGGUCUCGUAGCCGACGGUACAGUCAAAGAUAUUCUGUACGGCCUUCCAAUUGGAUUGAACAAGUUGGAUGAUCUGUCUGCUCUACAUGCUGAGAUGACAAAAUACGGAGGAACUGUCCGUAUUCUCUUAGAUCAUUUAGAUCAAGUGAAAUUUCUGGAAGAAUACGAGAGGAAACAAGAGCAUCCGAAGAAAUGGUCUGCGUUUAUCAAGAUGAAUGGCGGUCUAAAGCGGGCCGGGAUACUUCCAGAGCCCGUGUCUUUCAAGGCAUUCAUGCGGAGGGUAUUUGCAUCUUCAGCAAUUUCGGUGUUUGGAUUUUACACCCACGCCGGAUACUCGUAUGGAUCGACAUCAGCGGAGGAAGCUACCUCGUAUUUGACGGGGGAAGUGCGUCUUACCAAUGACGCGGCGGCCAUGGCCAUGGAAGUUCUGGCAGAGUCAGAUAACAGAGAGGUCAACAAUCAGCCAUUCGUCCUGUCCGUGGGAUCCACUCCGACUGCUCUUAGCGCAACCGCGGCAGCAAAGCUGAAGAUGACAUCCAUACUCAAUGGAACACUGGAGCUUCAUACAGGAAAUUACCCCAUGCUCGAUCUCCAGCAGUUACACACAACCUUGAUCGGCCAUCCACAAAUCUCCCAGAAGGUCUUGGUCACCGUCAUUUCAUACUACCCCGGAAGAGGAAGUGACGGGCAAGACGAGGCCAUGUGCGAUGCUGGUGCCAUAGCUAUGAGCAAAGACACGGGUCGUAUUCCAGGCUUCGGGGAGGUCAUUGGCAAGUCAUGGAAGUUGGGAAGAAUUUCACAGGAGCAUGGUAUAUUGGUGCAAGUUCCCCCAGACCCAGAGUCAGGUCGCACAGAUCCUACGUUGAAGAUCGGAGAUACUAUCGAGAUUGUUGGGCAGCACGCUUGUUUGAUAGCUGCUGCUCACUCGUGGUACUACAUCGUCGAUUCGGAUGAAGGAGGUGACAAAGUGGUUGACAUCUGGGUCCCAUGGAAGGGCUGGUAGUUCCAGGACCCGAAAAGGGUACUGGUCCAGCGAUUUCUUAUAUCCACAGAACCGUUCCGUAUGUGUGACUGUAGCGUGCGUGGAUCGUCCACAGACAACUAGGCAUAACACAUACCAUUGGGAAGUGGAAAGGGACCAAACCUUAGAGAGCACAACUGUCACAAAAAUGAUUUACCUCUCGUCUUAUGAUCGCUCGGAGGUCGUGAAUGUGCAGGAGUCAGCGAAGCAAAGGCCGAUUCCUUCCUUUUCAUUGCUGCUCGAAAUUACAUGUAUGGCCAUGUAGCCGAAGACGACACAGUGGAAGACAUUGGUAAGAAAUAAAUUUUAUGUAGCAGCCAUGAAUGUGAAUUAGUGGUUUUGCGAGCGGAUCCCGGC